AUUCGUGAAGGACACGGACAUGUUUAUGUUAUUUUCCCUCUACUAGUUUUCUUUCUUUCAUCGUUUCAUUUCAUAUUCCAUUGGCAUCAACGACACGUUGUAUGCACCAUUAGUUUAAUAAUUUAGCUACCAAAACUAACAGUUCCUUUUCAUCUAGUUUCUUUUUCUUACUAUUACAUCCUUCGUUAAUUAUACUUACAAAAUCAUGCCAAACGCUACUGUUGAAAUGUACAUCCCCAACAAGGAAAAUGCUAAUCUAACAGAAGACUGUGAAAUGCCUCUCUCAACAAAGAAGGUGGACCCAACCUUCAGUCCUAGUAAGAGUGUGGCCAGUCUUGCCCUGAGAGACACCACAAACAUUAUUAAGACAGACAAAACCAAUGUUGUUAAGAAGCUGGCCACGAGUGAGCCGGCCUUUGACCCCCAGCUGGAGCCUUUGCUACGAGAAAAUCCGCGCAGGUUCGUGGUUUUCCCCAUCGAAUAUCAUGAUAUCUGGCUUAUGUACAAAAAGGCUGAGGCCUCAUUCUGGACGGCAGAAGAAGUCGAUCUUACAAAGGACAUACCCGAUUGGGAGAAACUGAACGAAGGAGAACGCCAUUUUAUCUCCCAUGUGCUUGCUUUCUUUGCAGCUUCUGAUGGCAUCGUCAACGAGAACCUUGUUGAGAGGUUCAGUCAGGAGGUGCAGGUUACUGAAGCAAGAUGUUUCUACGGCUUCCAGAUCGCAAUGGAGAACAUACACUCCGAAAUGUACAGUCUACUGAUCGACACGUACAUCAAGGACUCCAAGGAGAGGGAGUUUCUGUUCAAUGCAAUCGAAACAAUGCCUUGUGUAAAGCGCAAAGCUGACUGGGCUCUGCAGUGGAUUGCCAGUGAUACGGCUACGUUCGGUGAGCGAGUUGUCGCGUUUGCAGCUGUCGAAGGGAUUUUCUUCUCCGGCAGCUUUGCUUCCAUCUUUUGGCUGAAGAAACGAGGGCUCAUGCCUGGUUUGACCUUUAGCAACGAACUCAUUUCUCGUGAUGAGGGCUUGCACUGCGACUUUGCCUGCCUCAUGUUCAAGCACCUGGUUCAGAAGCCGUCCGAGGAGCGAGUACAGUCUAUAGUCAAGGAGGCUGUGGUCAUAGAACAGGAGUUUCUCACGGCUGCGCUUCCAGUCAGUCUCAUCGGAAUGAACUGCGACCUCAUGAAGCAGUACAUUGAGUACGUGGCUGACCGCCUUCUCUAUGAACUCAAGUGCUCAAAGGUCUACAACUCAGAAAACCCAUUUGACUUCAUGGAAAACAUUUCACUGGAAGGAAAGACAAACUUUUUUGAAAAACGAGUUGGAGAGUACAAGAAAAGUGGAGUGAUGGAUGAGAGAAGCGAGAACGUCUUUGCCACAGAAGCCGAUUUUUAAAACAGCGUUCCACCAUAACAUAGUGUCUUUCAAACAAACCAAUGCUGCCUUUUAAUUAUUAAGUUCUUUAUUUUAAUUUGAAAACAAGCAAUAACUUCAGUUGUGUACUUACAACCUGAGUUGCGAAUUUACUAUUCCGAUAAAUUGUAUCAUCCUCGGUUUCUUGAGUCUUGUGUUUAAACAUGAAGUAUGAUUCCUGGGAAUAAUUAAUCUAUAUAGUUAAUCUGUAAGAAUAGUUAAUCUGUGGCCAGUUAAUUUUGUCAUUUUAUUUUUCAAAUUUUUCUGUUGGAGGAGUUAAUUUAGCAAAUUUGUAAUUUUGUCUGUUGUAGUUGUAAAGUUUGUGAAUAAUGGUCAAUUGUCUUGUAUGUAAUAAAUAGCAAAGAACACUAAUAUACAUAAUAAUUGUAAAUUAACGUGUGAAGUUAUAUUGUAGUACGAUCGCCUGACAGCGUAGUAUGUCAGUAUAAAACUAUGUAUACUUUCUGAAAGGAAACUAUACUUUUCAGUAUUUUAAUUGUGAUUUGUAUAUUUCUCUAUAUUAAAGAAGCUUUUGUACACAAA